CAGGUGACCAUGCAUGCGACGAUUGUAAGCAAAAUGAUUUAAUUAUGCAAAUAACCCUGACGGCGACACGAAUUGGCUGCCGUUAAACAAAUAAAAGCUGAGUGAACAAUUUUUAUUGCAAAUGUUAAUUUAAAAUCAAAAACAACAAAUAAAUUUAUUUAUUUAAUUCAGAAAAACACUAAAAAUAAUCUAAAUGCGCAAGCGCCCAUAAUAUUAUUAUGAUCCGGUGAAAAAGCGUUCACUGGAUCGAAUGGUUUGAUGACAGGCUGCACAGUAAGAGUCAGUGUCGAACGUGUGCUAUCGCUCAGCAGAGCACAGGAAUGAGCGAUAAUAAAAAUGGAUAUCUGGUAUUGUAUGGACACGUAGGAGUUUCCGCAGCGGAAAGUAACUUUCGAAUGCUAGGCAACAAAAGCUAAUGGUCAAUCACGACCUACCAACGCAUCAGUUGGAGAUGCCGACUGUUGACUUUAAUGAUGACAGCAAAAACUGUUUCUGGACGAGACAAGAAAGAAGGGCAUGGUUCAUUUCAUUGUACUGCGGCACAUGUCUACUUUACGCAACCAGGACGUCGGUCCCUCUGCUGAUGCCAGUGGUCAGCAAAGAAAAGCAGUGGAGCAAAGCCGACUCCGGAAUGAUUCUGUCCAGCUUCUUCUGGGGCUACACUCUAACUCAAGUAGCCAGCGGAUAUAUUAGCGAUCGAAUGGGCGGGCAGAGAGUGAUGUGGAUCGCAGCUCUAGGAUGGUCACUCACUACAUUCUUUAUGUCCGAUGUCAUUGAAAUGUUUUCUUCUAGCAUUCACUGUGUGCUGAUUAUUGCUAUCGCGCGUAUGCUAAAUGGUGCUUUUCAAGGAAUGCAUUUUCCUAGUGUUAUAAGUUUGACCAGCCAGCAUUUAGAAGAAUAUGAAAGAGCUUCAUUCUUUGGGCUCCUGACUUCAGGGUCGGCACUUGGUACUUUACUUACCGUGACUCUAGGUUCUUAUUUAAUGAAAGCUUAUCAUUGGCAAAUUGUUUUUCAAGUACUAGGUAGUUUAGGAUUUUUGUGGACAAUAUUUUUGUAUUACCAAAGUUUGAAAGUACCGAGAAAAAAAUUAAAGAUGUCAAUUGACGAUUCUAUUCAUAGCAACUUGCCCUGGAGGCAACUGUGGUCUAAGUCACCUUUCUGGUCCUGUGUGUUUACGCACGCGUGUCAAAAUAAUUGUUUUUUUGUACUACUUUCUUGGAUGCCAACAUACUUUCACGAUACAUUUCCUGAUGUACAGAGCUGGAAAGUAAAUAUGAUACCUUGGCUGUCAUUAGUACCUUGCACAUUUAUCGCAAAAGUACUGUCAGAAAGACUGAUAAAAACCGGGUACUCUGUCACGGCAACGAGAAAAAUUAUCGAGACAAUUUGUUUAACGACUCAGAGCAUUAAUUUACUUAUCUUGUCUCGAGUUACGACAUUUCCUAGCGCAAUGAUCUGUUUAAUGUUGAUAAUUGGAGGCACUGGUUUUCAUAACACAGCGAUUGCUGUUAAUCCUUCAGAUCUUGCACCAAAACACUCCGGAAGUGUUUUUGGGAUAAUGAAUUCCAUUGGUGCAGUGCCUGGUUUUCUAGGCGUUUAUUUAGCUGGCCAUAUUCUACAUAUGACACACAGUUGGGCAGCAGUAUUUAUACUCACAUCAAUUAUUGACGCUCUUGGUUGCAUCGUGUACUUGGUAUUUGGUUCAGGACAACCGAUAAUAUAAAUACAAAUACUUAAAAAAUAAAAUAUCAGUGAUUAUAGAAAUAUUAAAAAUUAUUAUUAAUCUUGUAAAUAUUUAAAUGAAUUUGUAGAU